GCCGCCGCCCAAGAUGGCGGCAGGAUUGAAAAGCUGUUGGUGUCCGUGAGGCGGCUCCGGGCGGGAACGAGAGCGGGAGCCGCGGCCCCGGCGCGGGACGGGCCAUGGCCGCCGCCCGCCACUGAGGCCGGGCUGCUGGGUCCCGGCGCGCACCGAGGCCGAGCGAGCACGGCCGCUGCGGGGAUGCCCCGGGGGGGGCCGGGGCCGCCGCCGCCGCCGGAGACAUGGAGGAGGAGAGCAAGAAAGGCAAGAAGCCUGGAAUAGUGUCUCCUUUCAAAAGAGUCUUCCUGAAGGGGGAAAAGGGUCGGGAUAAGAAAGCCCAGGAGAAGGUGACGGAGCGGCGGCCGCUGCACACGGUGCUGGUGUCUCUGCCCGACCGCGUCGAGCCCGACGUGCUGCUCAACGACUACAUCGAGAAGGAAGUGAAGUAUUUAGGGCAGCUGACAUCCAUCCCAGGGUACCUGAACCCCUCCAGCCGCACGGAAAUCCUGCAGCUCAUCGAUAACGCCAAGAGAGCACACCAGCUCCCGGGGCAGCUGACCCAGGAACAUGAUGCUGUCAUCAGUCUCUCUGCCUACAACAUCAAGCUGGUGUGGAGGGAUGGAGAAGAUCUCAUCCUCAGGGUCCCCAUCCACGACAUCGCCUCCGUGUCCUACAUCCGAGAUGACUCCUCUCACCUGGUCGUGCUGAAGACAGCUCAGGACCCCGGGAUCUCGCCAAGCCAAAGCCUCUGCGCCGAGAGCUCCAAAGCCCUCACGUCGGGCUCGCUGUCCGAGAGCGGGGUGGGCCCCGUGGAAGCUUGUUGCUUGGUGGUCCUGGCUACAGAGAACAAAGUGACUGCCGAGGAGCUGUGCUCCCUUCUCAGCCAAGUCUUCCAGAUUGUUUACACUGAGUCCACGAUUGACUUCCUGGACAGAGCAAUAUUCGAUGGGGCCUCCACGCCGCCGCGCCACAUGUCCCUGCACAGCGACGACUCUUCUACAAAAGUGGACGUUAAGGAGCCCUACGAGAUGGAAGCAAGCACUUUUUCCUUUUCAGAAACCUUGGAUGCAGGUGACAACUCCCCCUCGUCCUUCUCCACACAACAGUCUCCCCAGAUACCAACAGUGAGCGAGAGUGAGCUGAGCACCACGGCCGCAGAGCUGCUGCAGGACUACAUGAUGACGCUGCGCACCAAGCUGUCCUCGCAGGAGAUCCAGCAGUUCGCCAUGCUGCUGCACGAGUACCGCAACGGCGCCUCCAUCCACGAGUUCUGCAUCAACCUCAAGCAGCUCUACGGGGACAGCAGGAAGUUCCUGCUCCUGGGUCUGCGGCCCUUCAUCCCCGAGAAGGACAGCCAACACUUCGAGAACUUCCUGGAGACCAUCGGGGUGAAGGACGGCCGGGGCAUCAUCACCGACAGCUUCGGGCGCUACCGCCGCACGCUCAGCUCCGCCUCCACCUCCACCACCAACGGCACCGGCGCCGCCGGCAGCUCCGACGAGCAGUCGGGGCCGUCCGAGGAGGACGAGUGGGACCGAAUGAUCUCCCACAUCAGCAGCGACAUCGAAGCCCUGGGCUGCAGCAUGGACAGAGACUCCUCCUGAGCUCAGCGCCCCGGCAGCAGCGGGGGCAGCGCUCUGCUGCUCCUCCCACCCUGGGGCAGGGGCUCAGCCUUGCAGAGGCUGGGGGGGGGGUUUGUGAUGACUCUGCUACAGCCCCCGGGCCUGGUUUACAGUUUUGCACAUGGGAUCCCCUCCUGUAACUGCUCUCCUCCUCCUGCCCCUGGUUUUGAAUGAAGUUUACCACAAUGUGAA